AUGUCUUCAAUCGUUACCAUUAUUGAUAAUGACAUCUUAGUGUCCACCUUACAAAAAGGACUGUAUACACUUGCAGCUUGCUCUAUUCUUGGUACAGCAGCCUAUCUAGGUUACAAAGCGGCUGAACCUGAAAACAAAAAUAUUCUUCAAAAUCGCAAUCCAGAACUAAACGAACGGAUUGAAACAGUACUUGAAUCUUUGCGUCUUGACGAUGAUUCUUUACGACAAAUUAUGCAAUUACUUGAGCAAGAAAUGGAUGCUGGUCUCUCUCCAGCUACACAUGCCAAGGCUGAUGUAAAAAUGUUUCCAACUUAUGUUCGAAAUAUAGCCAACGGAUCAGAAACUGGUCAAGUACUUGCAUUGGAUUUAGGUGGCACUAAUUUUCGUGUUCUACUUGUUGAUUUAUUACCUGAAGGAAAAGUUGAAUUAACAUCGAAAAUAUUCGUUAUACCACAAUCAAUUAUGCUUGGCGAAGGAGUGAAUUUAUUUCGUCAUCUUGCUGAUUGUCUUGUUGAUUUUAUGAAACAAGAAAAACUGAUUCAACCCGGUGUUCAUUAUCCAUUAGGCUUUACCUUUUCAUUUCCUUGCUAUCAAGAAGGUCUUGCAUCAGCACGAUUAACAUCAUGGACAAAAGGCUUUACAUGCGCAGGUGUUGUCAAGGAGGAUGUUGUUAAAAUGCUACAAAAAGCUAUCGAUGAAAAGAAUAUUAAUGUACAAUGUGUCGCACUUGUUAAUGAUACUGUUGGCACAUUAAUGGCAUGUGCCCAUAAAAAGCCUCACACAUCGAUUGGUCUUAUAUUAGGUACAGGUACAAAUGCAUGCUAUAUGGAAACUCUAGAUCGAAUUGGUACAUGGAAUGGCGACUAUGAGGAGCCAAAACAAGUGAUUAUUAAUAUGGAAUGGGGUGCAUUUGGUAACAAUAAGCGUUUAAAUCACGUUCGAACAAGAUACGACGAAGAAGUUGAUUUGUCAUCCGUCAAUCCAGGGAAACAAAUUUUUGAAAAGAUGAUCAGCGGAAUGUAUAUGGGUGAAAUCGUUCGUUUAAUCAUACUUGAUUUAAUGCAACAGGAUUUAUUAUUUAUUGGUCAAUGUGAUAAUUACGGAGAUUACAAAACACCGUUGUUUACACGCGGCGGUUUUUAUACGAAAUUUGUUAGCACUGUUGAAACCGACGAAGGCAUUGCAUUUUCAAACACGAGACGCGUUCUUCAAGAUAUUGGAAUUAGAAAUCCAACGUUUGAUGAUUGUGCAAUUGUACAACAUAUCUGCAAAAAUGUUUCCAAACGAGCAGCGCGAUUAGCCGGUGCAGGUGUUGCUGUGCUCAUUAAUAGAAUCAAUAAGCCACAUAUAACUGUUGGCGUUGACGGUUCACUUUAUCGUUAUCACCCAAGAUUUGAAAGAAACAUGCAGAAAUGUAUAAAAAACUUAGUCAAUAAAAACAUAAAAUUUGAAAUGUCAUUGUCCAAUGACGGUUCGGGUGUUGGUGCUGCAUUGACUGUAGCAGCCGAAGUAUUGUCAUGUCAAAACGAUAAAAAUCAUCUGACAAUCAAAAACCGAAACAACGUCGACGAUCACACGUCUCAAAAUCGAAUUAACCUUAUCCAAUGA